CCUCCCGACACCACCUCCUCCCGACGCCCUCCCGGGCCGCUAAGUUUCUUCGCUCCGGACUGCACUCUGAGCCGGGGCCGGCCUGGAGAGGCGCGCCCGCUGCCCUGUCCCCGCGCGCAGACCCCGGGCCCGGCCCGGGCCCCACCGAGCCAUGCUGUGCGGCCGCUGGAGCAGCUGCCGCGGCCGCCCGCCCGAGAUAUCCCCGGUGUCGGCCCAGGUCGCGGCGCCCGUCGCGCUGCCGCCCCCGGACGGCGGCACCAAGAGACCCGGGCUGCGAGCGCUGAAGAAGAUGGGCCUGACAGAGGAUGAGGAUGUGCGUGCCAUGCUGCGGGGAUCCCGGCUCUGCAAGAUCCGCUCACGGACGUGGCACAAGGAGCGGCUGUACCGGCUGCAGGAGGAUGGCCUGAGCGUGUGGUUCCAGCGGAGCAUCCCGCGUGCGCCUUCGCAGCAUAUCUUCCUCGUGCAGCACAUCGAGGCCGUCCGCGAGGGCCACCAGUCCGAGGGCCUGCGGCGCUUCGGCGGUGCCUUCGCGCCGGCACGCUGCCUCACCAUCGCCUUCAAGGGGCGCCGCAAAAACUUGGACCUGGCGGCGCCCACAGCCGAGGAAGCACAGCGCUGGGUGCGCGGCCUGGCCAAGCUGCGCGCACGCCUCGACGCCAUGAGCCAGCGCGAGCGCCUCGACCACUGGAUCCACUCCUACCUGCACCGGGCUGACUCGGACCAGGAUAGUAAGAUGAGUUUCAAGGAGAUCAAGAGCCUGCUCAGAAUGGUCAACGUGGACAUGAAUGACAUGUACGCCUACCGCCUCUUCAAGGAGUGUGACCACUCCAACAACGAGCGGCUAGAGGGAACUGAGAUUGAAGAGUUUCUGCGGCGUCUGCUGAAACGCCCCGAGUUGGAGGACAUCUUCCACUGGUACUCAGGCGAAGACCGCGUGCUGAGUGCCCCUGAGCUGCUGGAGUUCCUGGAGGACCAGGGCGAGGAUGGCGCCACGCUGGCCCACGCCCAGCAGCUCAUCCAGACCUAUGAGCUCAAUGAGACAGCCAAGCAGCACGAGCUGAUGACACUGGAUGGCUUUAUGAUGUACCUGUUGUCACCUGAAGGGGCUGCCCUGGACUCGGCCCACACGUGUGUGUUCCAGGACAUGGACCACCCCCUCUCCCACUAUUUCAUCUCCUCCUCCCACAAUACCUAUUUGACUGACUCUCAGAUUGGGGGACCCAGCAGCACCGAGGCCUAUGUUAGGGCCUUUGCGCAGGGAUGCCGCUGUGUGGAGCUUGACUGCUGGGAGGGGCCAGGAGGGGAGCCCAUCAUCUACCAUGGCCACACCCUCACCUCUAAGAUCCUCUUCCGAGAUGUGGUCCAGGUUGUACGUGACCACGCCUUCACGCUGUCCCCAUACCCCGUCAUCCUGUCCCUCGAGAACCACUGUGGGCUUGAGCAGCAGGCUGCCAUGGCCCGCCACCUUUGCACCAUCCUGGGGGACAUGCUGGUGACACAGGCGCUGGACUCCCAGAACCCUGAAGAGCUGCCGACCCCAGAGCAGUUGAAGGGCCGGAUCCUGGUGAAAGGGAAGAAGCUACCAGAUGCUCAGAGCAAGGAUGCUCGGAUGCUUUCUGACCGGGAGGAAGAGGAGGAAGAGGAGGAGGAAGGGGAGGUGGAGGCUGAGCAGCAGAGGCGGUGGGCCAAGCAGAUCUCCCCGGAGCUGUCGGCCCUGGCCGUGUACUGCUGUGCCAGCCGCCUGCGGACCCUGCGCCUGCCGCCUGCCCUGCCCCAGCCCUGCCAGGUCAGCUCUCUCAGUGAGCGCAAGGCUAAGAAGCUCAUCCGAGAGGCAGGGAACAGCUUCGUCAGGCACAAUGCCCGCCAUCUGACCCGUGUCUACCCGCUGGGGCUACGGAUGAACUCGGCCAACUACAGCCCCCAGGAGAUGUGGAACUCAGGCUGUCAGCUGGUGGCCCUGAACUUCCAGACGCCAGGCUACGAGAUGGACCUCAAUGCUGGGCGCUUCCUCAUCAAUGGGCAGUGCGGCUACGUCCUGAAACCUGCCUGCCUGCGGCAGCCUGACACAAACUUUAACCCUGAGUGCCCUGGACCCCCCAGAACUACUCUCACCAUCCAGGUGCUCACUGCACAGCAGUUGCCCAAGCUGAACGCUGAGAAGCCAAACUCCAUCGUGGACCCCCUGGUGCGUGUCGAGAUCCAUGGGGUGCCUGCAGACUGUGCUCAAAAGGAGACCAACUACGUGCUCAACAAUGGUUUCAACCCCUGCUGGGGGCAGACCCUGCAGUUCCAGCUGAGGGCUCCUGAGCUGGUGCUUGUCCGGUUUGUGGUAGAAGAUUAUGACACCACAUCCCCCAAUGAUUUUGUGGGCCAGUUCACGCUACCUCUCCACAGCCUGAAGCAAGGGUACCGCCAUAUCCACCUGCUUUCCAAGGAUGGGGCCUCACUGUCACCAGCCACGCUUUUUGUCCACAUUCGUGUCCAGUACUCCUGAAGGCCGAAUGACGCUGCCUGGAGUUCUGCAGGUGCCAGUCUGCACCCUGUAGCAGAGGCCCUCUCCUCCUCUGGAGGGGAGCACUGUGGGGAGUACCAGCCCCUCCAGCUUGCUCACUUUGCCUGCUUGCCAGACUCUGGUCUCCACUGGUGCUGGGCUGCCUCGGCCCCUCCAGACAAGCAGUUGAUCCUUUCCCUGCAACCCUGGGCUGCUGAGAUGGCUCAGCUGCUCGGGGCUUUGCUGCCCACCCCCUGCCCAUGAUGGCUUAUGAAGAGCCAGGGCUGUUGCUGCCAAGAGACUUAGGGAGCAGGACAUAUGAGCCCUCAUCCCCUCUGCCCCACAAUGAGGUCAUCCCAGACUCCUUCCUCCAGAAGAGUCCAGCGCCCCCUUUGUCCACCACCAGGCAUUAGGCCCUCCUUUCCCCCAGGCUUUCCUGGGGUCCCCCUUCCAGCUUUUGGACCAGGGCUGAGGCCCAGAGUCCUGGGGGAAACUAGGUAUAAGUUUUUAACUUGUGUCAUAGAAGAACCCUCGAGAGGACGAUAAAACAAGUCUACUUUAAAAAAUAAAAAAGCAAGUUUAUUUUA